AUGAAAGUGGUUUGCAACUGUGAUGAACGCGAAAAAAAACUAACAGCAACAUUCGAAAUCGAGCGCGCUGCAUUGCAACAACAACUCGCUGAACUCCAACAACAGUUGGAAACUCAAACAACGUCCAACAGUCAACUGACGCAACAACUAACCCAGCAACUGGAGGAACGAGAAACGUUUGCUAACCAACUAUCGCAUCAACUGGAAGAGCGACAAGCAUUAGUUAACCAACUAUCGCAGCAACUUGAAGCGCGUGUAGCAGCUAACACUCAACUUACUCAACAACUCGCAGCAACUGAACGUGAUAAACUUCAAGCCGAUCAGCUCAUUUUAAGCUGUAAAGAGGACGCUGCAAACCAUCAACAUCGAGUUGAGCUCUUAGAAACCGAGAUACGAGCGCUACGUGAAGAGUUAUCCCGCUCGAAACGAGCCGUACAGGAUGCAGAGUUGACGCUAGCUCGGAAAAUGGCCGAACAGGACGAAGCCGACCAGUUAGAGCGCCACCGAGAGAAGCGCGCGCUUGAGGCUCUUAGUGCGCAGAUGCAACGUGCAUUAGCUCGGCUCACUAUUUCGCAUCAAGUACAAGAGGAAGGCUUAGGACUUGAUAAUUCCGCAGCACGUGUCGCUGCAGAAGAUGAGGCUCGGCUUCGAGUGAUCGCCUCGUUGGAGGGCAGUUCAAAGCGUGCAGCUCAACACGCGGAACAGGAGCGACUGAAGCUCGCAGAGUUGCUGAGAGAACUCGAGGCUGGAGCACGUAACGCUCGACAAGGAGCUCUAGAGGAUAAGGAGCGUCUACGACAAGAACAGCAGCGUCUAGACGCACUUAGUGCUCAUCUCCAGGCUCAAACUGCCGCGUUGAGGGACCAAGAGGCUACACACGCUACGUAUAUGGUGAAGCAACUAGCUGAGGCUCGCGAGGAUGCUCGAGUAUAUGAAGCACGUUUAGUAACCAGAAGAACGCAAUUGGAACGCGACGAACGUGCUUUAUAUGAAGCUAGAGCGGAGUUCGCAGCCUUCCGCGAACAAACUGCGUUAGAGAUUGAACAUGAGCACGAGGAGCUUCGAGCGUCGCGCUUAGCGCUUGAAGACGCGUGGCGAGAGCUUCGUGCUGACCGUGAGGAUCUAGAAACAGAGCUUGCUAGUCACGAAGAGGAAUUUCAAGCGCUUGAGAACAUGCGGCAACAAGUUCAAGACGCAGAAGCGCGUCUUGCUGAACGCACGCAAGAGGUUGUAGCACUAGCGGAGAAACUCGACGCUGGGACGCGUGAGUUAUUGGAACGCGAGCAACUUGUGGCUCAACAGGCCGCGAUGGUGCAAGAUACUGACACGUCGUUUGUCAGUCGAGAACGGUCACUCGAACGCGGGAGAAAAGAAAUGGAAGCUCGAGAACAAAGGUUGCAUGCUCAGAUUCGACAGCUUGACACUGCACGAGGGAGACUUACACAGCAAAGAAGAGAGCAGCAACAGCUUUUGGCGGCUGCUAGAAGGCAGUCUACAGUGCAACAACCAGCGAGACCUGCUGUUGACAACAAUAAACUAUGGAGACUCAGCAACUUCACGAUGGAACAUCGUAGCAAUAACUUCGGUUCAUCUUCAGUCGUGGACAAUCCGAAAGAGAAAGCGUGGCCAGAACCUCACAUGGAAGAGGACCCGUCCGGGUUAUCGCCAGCAUUGAGAAAACAAGUUGAGGCUAAUUGGAAACGUCGAAAUCAACUGGGUGGUCAACGUCGACAACGUUCAGGCUUAACGUUUGAUGUUGAUAACUUUGCAGCCAACGUAUAUCCGUCCAGCUGGUUCAAAGACGUCAAUUAUACCAGCAAAAGUAGCAUCGCUGAUAGUGCUGCAAAGGCCACUAGAAUCAAUACCCAGCAACAACUCGCUGAUCAAAGCCUGGAUCCAUUCAAAGCACCCAAAUACCAGAAAUCAACCUCCGCAACGACGUCUCAGACCGGGAUCCAACGUUUACACUCAGCCAGAGCAUCAAACCAACCACCACCAUCGACAACUAGGACGUUCCAGCCGACACUGCGCGUCAACCUUUAAGCAAAAAAUGAUCUGUAUUGAUUGUCACGGCAUGACUAAACGUU